AUGGAAAUUGGACGCCCAGCUGCAGUUAGGUCGAUUCACAGAGCAAGAAGUAGAGUGAAUCCUUCUAUACCACAAUUGUUGAGUGAUUGGUUCGAUAUCAUGAAUUCAGAAGAGUUUGGGGCGAGACUCUUAUAUGUCAAUGGGUCAACUGAUGAGUCAUUUUUUCAAGGUUCCCUAGAAAUCCUUAGGGAUGAUGGAAGCAUUCGCUUUGUUGGGUUAGUGUUCACAAACGUAGAAUUCUUGAACCAAAUGAAUGUACAUAUACAAACGGUAAGGACACUGUGCAUGGAUGGGACAUUCCAAAUUCGUCCAAGACAACCGCCAGAUAUUGAACAAUUGUUCACAAUACAAAUUAUUUUGAAUAAUGUGGCAAUUUCAAUAGUUCAUGUCCUAAUGGUAGAUCGACUAACAGAGUCAUAUUGUAGAGUCCUACAAUAUGUAAGACAUGACUUAAAUUUAAAUCUUGAAUUUGAAAAUCUUCAAAUAAUAACGGAUUUUGAACAAGCGCUAAGAAAUGCAAUUAACAGAGUACUGCCCGAAGUCAACAACUCAGGGUGUUGGUUCCAUUUUAUCCAAAGUAUCGUCCGUUUCAUUAGGAGCAAUCAGCUAGUACAAUUAAGUACUUCAAAUGAAAAUGCUCGAAGGAUCUUAAGAAUGUUGAUGUCAUUGGCACACUUGCCUGCCGAAGAAAUACUGCAUCAUGGUGUGGCAUUUUCUAUUCAAUUGGGAUUUCGUGUUGUUCAAGACAUGGUUACUGAAUACCAUCUUGAAGUAGAACUACAUGCCAUUAUGCAGUAUUUUCAACGGUACUGGAUCGACACAGUGACUUCCCGUAGAUUUUCUGUUUUUGGACUGCAACAUAGGACAAAUAAUUAUAUUGAAUCCUAUCGCAGUUCACUGCUAAGAUUGAUGGGUCAACAUCCAUCCCUCUAUCAGUUCUAUGAUCACUUACGAACAAUAGAGGAGAGGUCAAGAAAUGAUUUGAGAAGGGCAGUAAAUGGACAGCAGGUAAGACAGGCAACCUAUUCAGCAAAUAGUACCAGGUGUUCCACAACUAUUAAGAAUGCUUGGAGGCUAGUAGAGCUUGGAAAUUAUGAUGUAAGGGAAUUUUUAAGAAAUGUGUCUUAUAUUCCAGAACAAAUAAUAAGGAACCAAAUUGGAGAGCCAAACUUUGAACGAUUGCUGGAUAUUAACUUGGAAAAUCCAUUACCCCCUCGAGGAAGAGUUAUAAGACAACUAGCACUGGGUCCACUACGUCCACCGCCGUUAGCUGUACUCCCAGCAGUCCAGCCGCCACUACGUCCACUACCGUUAGCUGUACUCCCAGCAGUCCAACCGCCACUAUUGCCAAUUCCACUAGUUGAACAGGCUCCAGGAAUUCAACCAGCUGAAGUUAGAGCUAGACGUAGGAUUCGUCAAAGAAGAGGUCAACCCUAUUUGAGAGGUCCUCAUGAACCUCAAAACCGUGGUCGCCAAAGGGUAAGGAAUAUGGAAGAAGCCUUUCCUGAAUUCUUUGCAGACCGAGAUGCCCGUGAUGCAAGAUCGAGAUCCCGUGAAGCAAGAGCAAGAUCGAGAUCCUCUGAACAAGAAAUUCUGGAGUUGUGCACAAUUUGUUUUGAUGAGGUUGUGGCAGUCACUUUAAGACCAUGCAACCACACAUUUUGUAGAACCUGCAUUAGGAGAAUGAGGCAAGAGAUCUACGAUGUUUGCCCUUUAUGUAGAGGACAAAUAAUAAACUACGAAAAUUAUUAA